AUGGUAAGAAGAAAGUAUUUAGAUAGAGGACCUUCCCAUCCUUGCAUUUCUAAAUAUCCAAUUACAGUCAUUGGUGGUAAAGACAGAAAGUUUAAUCCUAAAUGGGAUCCUACCAACAAGGCAGCGGGGUAUGAUGCAUUUGUUACAACUGGAUGGUCGAGUUGGAAUAAAAAGUUUGGAUUGAGGAAUCAUGUGGGUGAUAUCAAUAGUGCUCAUAACCAAGCAAAGAGAGAUUGCAAUGCCUUGUUGUCACAAGACCAACACAUUUAUGUUUCAUUGAAAAGACAGUGUGAUGCUGAUAAGAUUGCUUAUUAUACUCGAUUAAAUGGGUCAGUUGAUGUUGCGAGAGUGUUAUUGAAGCAAGGGUUGCCUUUUCGAGGUCAGGAUGAGUCUGAAUCAUCCCUGAAUAAAGGAAAUUUCAAGGAAUUCCAUGCUUAUACAGCCCAGCAAAAUCCAGCACUAGGGAAGGUAACAGCCCACAACGCUCCAGGAAACAAUCUGAUGGUGUCCUCAGAGAUUCAAAAGGAUAUAAUUCAUUGUUUUGCAGCUGAAAUAUUACGGUCUAUUCUUGAUGAAAUUGGACAUGAUGUAUUUUGCUUGCUAGUUGAUGAGUCAAGGGAUGUGUCUUGCAAAGAACAAAUGGCAGUGGUUCUACGGUUUGUAGAUAAACAAGGAUCUAUUCAAGAGAGGUUUGUUGGCCUUGUGCAUGUUAAAGAGACAACUUCAGCAUACCUUAAAUCCUCUAUUGAUGCUUUGUUUGUGAAAUAUAAUUUGAGCUUGAAGCAACUUAGAGGACAAGGAUAUGAUGGCGCAAGUAACAUGCGAGGAGAGUUUAAUGGCUUGCAAUCUUUGAUUAUGAGAGAAAAUGGCUCAGCAUAUUAUAUCCAUUGUUUUGCUCACAAGCUACAAUUAGUCAUUGUGGCUAUUGUGAAGAAGUACAAAGGGAUCGGUAAUUUUUUUGAUAUGAUUUCUGUCCUAUUAAAUGUGAUGGGUGCUCCUUCCAAGCGCAGGGACAUGAUUCGAGAUAUAAAUUAUGAACUUGUGCAAAAGGCCUUAGGUUGUGGUCUACUUGAAACAGGGACACGCCUAAACCAAGAGCUAAGUCUUCAAAGACCCGGUGAUACUCGAUGGAGCUCUCACUAUAAAACUCUUAAAAGCUUGGUUGAUUUAUUCCCAACUGCUAUGAAGGUGCUAGAAUAUGUAGAAGAAGGGGAUAGGGAAGACAAAAACAGAAGCCAAGCAUUUGGACUUCAAGUUUAUUUUCAGUCAUUUGAUUUUGUCUUCUAUUUGCAUCUUAUGUUGACAGUGUUAACUAUCACAAAUUCACUGUCCUUAAUUCUACAAAGGAAAGAUCAGGAUAUUGUGAAUGCUGUUGCUUGUAAAUGGGAGAAGACUGUGAAUCCAAAAAAGCCACGUCAGAGAACUGGGAUUACCAACCAACAUCAUUAUGAAGUGGAAUGUUUUAAUGAUAUCCUUGAUUGGCUACUACAAGAGCUUGACGGCCGCUUCAAUGAGAAAACAUCUAACUUGCUUGUCUACACAGCUGCUUUGAGUCCAAGAGACUCAUUCAAUGGAUUUAAUUUGGAGCAUCUAAUGAGCAUGGCUAAGCUUUAUCCAAAUGAUUUUGAUGAGGGGCAACUGAGGGAUCUUCGACAUCAUCUUCGCCUCUACAUUGAUGAUGUGCAAGCUGAUGAGAGAUUCUCUCACAUAGAAACUAUAUGUGAUCUGUCUCAGAAAAUGGUAGAAACAAGGAAACACAUAUGCUAUCCAUUGGUUUAUCAUCUAUUGAAACUAGCAUUAGUUUUACCUAUUGCAACUGCCACUGUAGAGAGAUGCUUUUCAGCUAUGAAGACUGUUAAAACAGGUUUGCGCAAUCGUAUGGGUAACAAGUACUUGAGCGAUAGUCUUAUUUGCUAUGUGGAGAAAGCUGAACUUAACAAAGUCACCAAUGAUGUUGUAAUUGGGCGCUUCCAAGAUUACAAAAGAAGGCGUAUUGAUGACUAA